UAUAUGAGACUGUUGUUAGGCUAUCUCGAUUCUCGAUUGCCGUCGUCUCUCUCCUUUUUCAUCGAACGUGCAUGUGAUGGCUUGAGAAGUUCGGAUUUUCUCUUUGAUUUGUUGUGUUGUUCUCUCAAUUCUUUCGUAACGUUACGCGUUCUCCAAGAUGCCUAUCCCGACACAAGCUAAAAUUGUUAAAAAGGGCAGUGCUGGUCCUGAUCAAUUCGAGUUGUCCAUUUCUCAAGCUCUUUUGGAAUUGGAAAACAAUAGUGACUUGAAAGCUCAACUCCGCGAAUUGUACAUUACUAAAGCUAAAGAAAUUGAACUCUUAGGCAAAAAGAGUAUUAUUAUUUAUGUGCCAAUGCCACAAAGAGCACAAUUCCAAAAAAUUCAAGCUCGUCUUGUUAGAGAAUUGGAGAAGAAAUUCAGUGGUAAGCAUGUUGUCUUCAUUGGUGAUCGAAAAAUUUUGCCUAAGCCAACAAGGAAAACCCGUACCCAAAACAAACAAAAACGCCCCAGAAGCCGUACACUAACGUGGGUCUAUGAUGCUAUUUUGGAUGAUUUGGUAUUCCCUGCUGAAAUUGUUGGCAAACGCAUUCGUGUGAAGUUAGAUGGUAAACAAGUCAUGAAAGUACAUUUGGACAAAACUCAGCAAACAAACAUUGAACAUAAGGUGGAUACUUUUGCUUCAGUGUACAGAAAGCUGACUGGUAGGGAAGUGACUUUCGAAUUUCCUGAACCAUAUUUAUAAAUCCUUAUUUUUAUCUAAUAAAAACGUGAUUUUACGACUUUA